CUGUUUGUUUCUGCAGCUUCCUGGUAACAGAACGCGGGACGGGACGGGAGAGAGUCAGAGCGGCCGCACAUCAAGACAUGCUCACAGUCAGAGUGGGAAAAACAAAAAUGGCAAGACGACCAAACUUCAGUGCAAAGCUUUUAUUAAAGUACAUGUUGGUGUUGGUGUCAGCGGCUGCUCUCCUCACACUCCUCCUUCAGAACUACAGCAUCCCAUUCAAAGAUGAGUUGCGGCGUGCGUUAUCUGGCGACUUUCAGAAGUCCGUUCCGACAUCCAGGGCGCCCUCUAAAGCAGGACCGUGUGACGUGGUGAGAGACUGUCCGGAGGAUCACUUCAGCUUCUUCGUCCGGAGCGGAGCCGCCAACGUCGUGGCUCCAAAGAUCUGCCUCCAAAACAAACUGGUUCUGGGAACAGUCCUAAACAACGCUGGAGUGGGAAUAAACAUUGUUAUAAUAAACGGUAAAACAGGAGACGUGGUGAAGACGGCUCACUUUGACAUGUACAGCGGCGAUGUGAAACCUCUGGUUGAGCUUCUGAAGAGCAUCGAGACGGGCGCCGUGGUUCUGAUGGCGUCCUACGACGAACCCGCCACAAAGUUGAAUGAAGAGGCGAGGAAGCUGAUUGCUGAGCUUGGAAGCGUGUCUGUGAAGUCUCUGGGGUUCAGAGAUAACUGGGUGUUCGUGGGGGGGAAAGGAGCGUCAGUGCACAGCAACUUUGAGAAGUACCUGAAGAACGACAACGCAAAGAAUAAAUAUGAAAACUGGCCCGAGCUCAUCGAAAUUCAGGGAUGCAUCCCCAAAUACCCGGAGUGAGCUGCUGCUGCUUCAUCCUAAAGCAACAUCUCUGCAGGAGGAGCAGUUGAUAUGUUUACUGUAAAAAGACAAAGCAUUGUAUAUAACGUGAUCUCUGGACGGACCAGUUUCUGCGUCGUUAGAAGCACACACGGAGAAAUCUACCUGAACUCUCUCACUGAGCUCUGACGGAUGUGUUGCAUCCAGCAGGAUCGCUCUGGAUAUUAUUUACCCAAUAACUCAGGGACUGUUGGUGAUGGAAACAGAUGUUGUAAAAAGAGUGUAUAAAACUGCCAGAAACGAUUCAGAAGAACAGCGUUAAACCAGUUGUUUAUUUUGGAUGGAAUAAUGUGCAAAAAGUCUUCCUUUUGAAAAUAAAUACAUCAAAAAGCUGUGCAUCUCA